AAAGAAUUCCACCAGUGUUACAAAAAGCCUUCUUCUGAGUGCUCACCUAUCUUCGAAUUGUAAUUCGGUCACCAAUAGCAUAUUCUUGCUCAAAAUGUACUUGAGCUGAUAAUCUUGAAAUAUGUGAACGAAAUAUAAUUAAUUUUCGUCAAAAAUUGAGACACCUGAAUUUCGAAUAAUAAGUUGAUUUCUGAACACGUUUUAAUGAUAUACUUUUCCUAUUAAUCUAUAAAAGGAGACAACGAGAGCAAUUCGAUCAGUGGUGUGUGGUGUUACCGAAGUGUUCGAUUUAUUCCGUUGAUGUAAUCAUAAUUUACUUAUGUUCGCGUUUUUGGUUGUUCUCCUUGCGCCUUUUUUGGUAGCGGGAAUAGAGUUGGGACCAAAUUCUGGACUUAACUAUAACCUUAAUCAGGAAUAUGCACACUCCUACGAAGACUAUAAACCAAGGGAUUACAAAUUCGAAUACGGAGUAUCAGAUCCUCAUACAGGUGAUCACAAAUCCCAAUGGGAAAUUAGGGAGAAUGGCGUAGUGAGAGGAGAGUAUCGACUACUCGAACCUGAUGGUACCACAAGGAUCGUUCAGUACACUGCCGAUGAUCAUCACGGUUUCAGAGCAACAGUGAAAAAAAUUGGACAUGCAGUUCAUCCUGAAAGUAUUCAGCAUGCAACGACCUCUCAUAGCACCCCAAUUAUACCACAAAUAGUUCCUAAUUACGACUCAGAACCUGACUACAAAACCUACGACGGUUCAAUAGAAAACUAUAGGAAUAUUCUACCUUACGGAAAUGAACCUAGUAUUCGAAAUUAUGUACAAUAUCCAGCGGUAUCAACAUUACCUCAAGGGGAAUCAUAUAGCGUUCCUAAAGAGGUGCCUUCACAGCAUGCUAUCCCACUGCAAAUCUCUUCUGAAGGAUCACCACAUCAUUUAUUAGCAGAAAACUCUGGAAUUGAACCAUAUAGCAUUUCCACCGGUGUACCUUUACAGCAUUCUAUCCCAGUGCAAACUUCUUCUGAAGGAAUAUCACUUCAUUCAUUAGCAGAACACCUCGGUUUUGAAUCUACAUUGCAGAAAGAGUCAUAUAGUAUUCCCAACGUUGUACCUUCACAUAAUCUAAUACCUGUUCAAAUUUCCUCUGAAGGAAUUAUAAAAAAUCAACAAUAUGUUUCCAGUCAACCACAGAAUUCAGUUUUGCAAGAACAAGUACCAUUAGAUCCUAUCAAACUUAUUUCUCCUAUUCAAAUGCAGCAACAGUUAUAUUACUCAUCUCCAGUUUCUGAUAAUGUUGGCUACCCAUUACCAAUUCAAGUUGAGAAUAGGGGUUAUCACGAAAGAAAUUACGUUAUUGCAAAUAAUCAGCAGUACCAACCAAUAUUGGGACCUCAAACAAUUGGCAUCAGAAUCGAUCAUCCUCACGGAGAAUCUUCUUCUUCUUACUAUGGCACAACUGGAAAUUCUGAAGAUGAUAGAGAGUAUAAAAGCCAUGGAGUUUCGAGGGAAAUAUCAGGCUGGUGAUUCGAAUAAAAUAUAUAAUAGUAGUAAAAGCGAAGUUUGCGAUGAGAGUAUUUUUAUAUAUUGAGUUAUAAAUAUAAAAUAAUAUAAAUUAGUUCAAUAAAUGUUAUUGUUGCGUUC